AUGAUUGUUAUUAAUGUGUAUUCACAGAACCCAGACUUCCUUUGGAGGUUGUCAAAGGCAGCAUAUUUCUUAUCACAAAUUGAGAAUGGAAGAGGAAAUGAUGAAAGGAAGAAGAGUCUAGUAUACGAAGCUAGGGAUAGUGCCCAAGAUGCCUUCAGUAUAGAUGAGAAUAAAGCAGAGGCUCAUAAAUGGUAUGCUAUAACAUUGGGCAGCAUAGGAGAAAUUGAAGGAAUGCAAGUUAAGAUUAAAAGUGGUUAUGAGUUUAAGGAUCACAUUGAGAAGGCUAUAGCCAUUAAUCCAAAUGAUCCGUCACUUCACCAUCUCUUGGGCAGGUGGUGCUAUGGGGUCUAUAUGUUAACCUGGAUAGAAAGAAAAGUUGCAUCCACAUUAUUUGCUACUCCACCUACUGCAACCAUUGAUGAAGCUUUGAAGCAUUUCAAGGAGGCUGAGAGAUUGAGCCCAGGCAAAUGGAAAGAAAAUAUGUUAUACUUAGCAAAGAGCUUCAUUGAAAAAAAAGACUACAGCUCGGCAGUACUGUGGUUGGAGAAAGCUGAUGCUCUUGUAGGCUCCAGUCAAGAUGACAAAACUGCCCAAGAAGAGAUUACGAAACUUCUCAAUCAGUAUAGAACAUAUGCCUAA